AUGGUAUUGAUAGACAGAAAGCUUGCAGCCACUGUACCUCGCGAGGUCGUGAGUUGGAAAAUCUUCCUCUAUGGAGCAAUCCUGUCAAUGUCAGGAUGUCUCCACGGAGUCAACACAGCCAACAUUUCCGGUAUUCUGAGUCUGACCCCCUUCGAAAAAGCGUUCGGCUUCGAUCAGAAGAGCAAAACUGAAGUCAGCAACCUGAAGGGCUGGAUAACAUCAUGCAUUUUAUUGGGUUCUUGCGUCGGCGCUCUCAUUUCUGCGCCUAUUUCAGUGAGAUUUGGCCGCAAGCUCAGUCUGCAGGUAUUCAGUCUGCUAUACAUUAUCGGAGCCAUCUUAAUGGCCGCCAAUUUCGGUGGCUCAAAAGGUCUUGCUAAGUUUUUCGUGGGAAGAGUUUUUUCAGGUAUUGCCUCCGGGGCUGCCAGUGUCUCCGGAACUGCCUACAUCGCUGAAAUCGCCCCAAAGGUCAUCCGCGGUGGUUUAUCAGCACUCUACAAUGCGAGCACAAUGCUUGGAAUUUCAUUGGCAUUCUGGAUUAAUUAUGGAUCCUUGCUGAACAUCUCGUCUAAAAGCAACGCGCAGUGGCAAGUCCCUUGCGGCGUUCAGGCCUUCCCUGGAGUCAUUCUCUUGGUUGGGCUCUUUUUCCUUCCCGAAUCCCCUCGCUGGCUUGCAUCUAAGAAUAUGGUUGAAGAAACGAUUACGUCUGUCACGAAAUUGCGCAGCCUUGAUGCAAACCAUCCAUUUGUUCAGGAAGAGUUGACCGAGAUUCUGGGUUCAUCACCAACCCCCCAGCAGAUACUGGAACAAACCAACUCCUCCCUUUUCACGCAGCUGAGAGAAGUUCCCAACCUUGGGAAGAGAUUUAUUUUGGUCAUCCUCAUUCAGACAUUCUUCCAAUCCUCCGGUGGCAACAUUAUCACCUACUAUAAUACCACGAUCUUGAGUUCUCUGGGCCUGACAGACCCCAAAAUCAACUUCCUCAUUUCGGGCAUCUACGGUUUGAUCAAGGUGUUUGCGGUUCUGAUUUACGUUUUCUACUUUGUCGACGCAUGGGGUCGGCGUCCUUUGCUCUGGUUUGGUUCUACCGUCAUCAUUAUUUGUCUGACCUACAUGACGAUCUACCUGUCUGUGCUGCAAGACAUUGCAGGCCACAAAGCCGCCGGAUGGGUGGCGAUUGUCGCAAUUUUCCUCUUUGCCAUUGGCUAUGCGGUUUCUUGGGCUACUGUGCCAUGGAUUAUCAACGCAGAAGUCUUCCCCAUGUCUGUGCGUGCAGUGUGCAUGGCCGCAGCUAUCAUUUGGCAAUACCUGGUCAAUUUUGCCCUCACUCGCGCAAUGCCGAACAUGCUGGUGAGCAUGGGUGCCUAUGGCCCAUUCGCAUUAUUUGCCUGCGCCACAGCGGUUGCGUUUGUUUACUCCUACUUUGCCUUCUCUGAGACAAAGGGAUUGAACAUGUCACAGAUCGAUGCUCUCUUCGAAACUUCGUGGUAUAAAAUUGGACGUGAGAGUGUCAGAAUUGUCCAGGAGAAUGCCGCCAAGUCAGCUUCCAGUGACGAGGAGGUUGCCAAAAAGGAGGAUGUGGACUACCAACAUUGUGAGACUCUUGGUGGCCGCCGCCUUUAG